AUGGGAGAGUUGACUUACUUUCUCGGACUUCAAAUCAAGCAGCUCAAAGAAGGGAUGUAUGUGUGUCAAAUAAAAUACUGCCAAGAGUUGCUUAAACGCUUCGGAAUGGAAGAUGCAAAGUCAAUCGACACUUUAAUGCCCACUAACGGGAACUUAGACAAAGAUGAAAGUGGUAAAGAUUUUGACGUCGAAAUAUAUAAAGGUUUUAUCGGAUAUAUUUUAUAUCUUACUGCAUCUAUGUCCGGUAUUAUGUUUAGUGUGUACAUGUGCGCUCCGUAUCAAUACGCUCAUAAGGAAUCACAUUUAAAAUCUAUAAAGCACAUUCUUAGAUACCUUCAUGGUACAUCUAAGUAUGAGCUUUGGUUUUCUAAAGUUAGAAACUAUAGUUUGGUUGGUUACUCUGAUUUCGAUUUUGCUAGUUGCAAAUCAGAAAGAAAAAGUACUAAUGGAACUUGCCACAUGUUUUCAAACUCCUUAGUUAGUUGGCAUGACAAGAAGCAAGUCUCUAUUGCUUUGUCAACUGCCGAGGCAGAAUACGUCACAACCGGUAGUUGUUGUGCUCAAAUUUUAUUGCUCAAAUAA